AUGAGCGAAGUGUCAAAGGUGCAAUCAAGUUUCACGCAACUCAGCGCCACAGCAGCAGCAGCAACAGCAGCACGAUCAUCAGCAGCAGCAGCAGCAGCAAUAAAAGUAGCAGCAGCACCAGGAGACCGAAUAUUGGCGCCACCGAUCAUAGCAGCAGCAGCCCUAAUAUCAUCAACAUCAUCACCAACAACAGCAGCAGCAGCAGCACGGGCAUCAUCAUCAACACCAGCGGAAGCAGCCACAGGCGCACGAGAAUCAUCAUCAACAGCAUCACCAUCAUCAUCAGCAGCAGCAGCAGGACUCGGACGACCUGGUGCAGCAGCCGCAUCAUCAUCAUCAUCGUCAUCAUCAUCAUCAGAAGCAGCAGCAGCAGCAGCAGCAGCUGGAGCAACAGGAGCAGCGCAUGUUGUUUGGGAGGCCGACUCUGGCGCCCCCAUCGAUGAGAGGCGCUGCACGAUUUGCAGCGAACGGCAGUCCCUACAGGCCCCUCCCCUCCUCUAUUGUCUUCCGCCUUGGGGCUCCGGAGGCCCCGAUGGGACCCUGGCCCCCCUGGAGCCGCCAGGCGCGGGCACGCCGGACAGUGCUGCAGCAAAGGGGAGCCGCAGCCAGCAAGUGUGGAAUAGUGCCCCAGGGAGCAUCGCGGGGGAUACCCAAAGGGAGAGGGGCCCCAAGACCCGCAGUGGCGGGCAUGACGCUCCCUGGAUGGCUUCUUAUGGCUCUGAUCUUUUGGACCCGCAGGCAGCACAGAGCCGCUUGGCGGAAGCUGCACCAAGCCUGGAUACAGAAGAAGCAGCACCGCACUGCUUCGACGCAGCAGCAACAGCAAGAAAGCGGCGCUGGGAGAUACUGCUGGGCAACGAGCGGCUGCUGCUGUCUCCUGUGCUGUUUCUCUCGUCUACGGCAUGCAAAUCAACAGCAACGCCAUCUUUAUCACAAACGACCUCUGACUUCGGCAUGCUGGCUAGCUUUGUAGGCCUCCUGCGUACAGUAGCAAAGCGUGUAGCGCUGCGCAAGCCGCAGCGCCCUGGGGAGUGGCCCGCCGGGGGGACGGACCCCCAGGAGGGCCCCCGGGCUGGAACCCCUCGUGACUGCGGCGGGCCGGCGACCACUUCCCAUCCCUCGCAUACUCCCCCAGAGGCAUAG